CAGAACCAAACAAAGAAAAAAGCAAACACUCGUAGUACGUUUCGAAACACAAAAAUCCAAACACUUUUAUUAUUUUUUUGUCGUUUUUCUCACUUUCCAUGAUCCGAACAGAAAACGGGUCGGGUCGUCGGAUAUUGAAUUUUCCGGCGGUUCAUCCAUGUGUGAACAUUGCUUCUUCUACCCUUUUAUCUUCUCUCAUCAAUCUCUCUAACGAGAUUUCAAAAUUUCAACACAAAUUCUUCUCUUCAAACAAACGAAAUGCAAAAAACGCUAUUCGUUUGAUUCAUCUUCUUCAACCGUUUCUUCAUGAGAUUCGAGAGAAUCAUUCAAAUCUUCCGGCUCCGGUGACCAUUUGUUUUUCUGAGCUUCAUGUCAUCUUCCAGAAGCUUUUUUUCUUGAUGGAAGAUUUGACCCGUGAAGGUGUUCAGUUGUUUAUGUUAAUGGAGUCGGGACGGGUUGCAAAUAUGUUUCGGGUUUUGUUCAGAUCCAUUGCAACUGAACUUGAUGUUUUUGCUUUUGAUUCUGUUUAUGUGUGUGUGGAAGGUAAAGAGGAUGUUUUGUUGUUGAUGAAGCAAGCGAGGGAGGGAAGGUUUGAUUUUGAGGUUGAUGAUGAAGAGACAGUGAUGUGUGUUAUGAAUGUCUUGAACCUGUUUGAGAAAAGGAUUGUUCCAAAUAAGUUUGAUUUGAAGAAGGUUCUUGAUUAUAUUGGGGUUUGUGAGUGGAGUGAGAUUAAUAAAGAGGUGAAGUUUUUGGAUAGUGAAAUUGGGUUUGAGUGGUUGAAUGAUGAAAAGAGAAAGGUGGAGUUUUUAAGUAGUUUGAUGGGGUUGAUGAGUUAUUGUAGAUGUGUGAUGGUGGAAGUAUUGGAUUGUGAAGAAGAGGGAAAAAGUAGUAAGAAAUUUGAUUCAAGAAAGGAAAGUCAGAUGAUUUUGAGUUGUUUGAACUCAGAUGAUUUUCGAUGUCCGAUCUCUUUGGAAAUGAUGAGUGAUCCUGUGACUAUCGAAACAGGUCAUACUUAUGAUCGUUCUUCGAUUCUCAAAUGGUUUAGAAGUGGAAAUACAACAUGUCCAAAGACAGGUAAAAGUGUUAGCAGCAUUGAAAUGGUACCGAAUUUAGUGCUGAGGAAGUUGAUUCAGCAAUACUGCAAUGUCAACGGAAUUCCUAGUGGCGAUUCGGGUCGUCGGAGUCGUGAUAUUACUAGGACGGCUGAGCCCGGAAGUGAGGCAGCAGGGGGAGCAAUGAAACUCUUGGCUGAUUUUCUUUGUGAAAGUCUUGACAAUGGAAAUGUGGAGCAGAAGAACCAUGCUGCAUUUGAGAUAAGGGUUCUUACCAAAACAAGCAUUUUUAGUAGGUCUUGUUUGGUAGAAGCUGGUUCAGUUCCUCUUUUGUUGUUGUUGUUGGCAUCAAGCGAUUCAUCAGCACAAGAGAAUUCUAUUGCAGCCCUUUUGAACCUCUCAAAAUACACCAAAAGUAGAAGUGAAAUGGUUGAAAAUUGGGGGUUAGAAAUGAUUGUUGGUGUCUUAAACAAAGGGAUAAAGAUUGAAGCAAAGCAACAUGCUGCAGCAGUGUUGUUUUACCUUGCUUCAAAUCCUGAUCAUGGAAACUUAAUAGGUGAAGAGCCUGAAGCAAUUCCCUCAUUGAUCAGACUCAUCAAAGACGGCACCGACCGAAGCGUAAAAAACAGUUUGGUUGCAAUCUUUGGCCUCCUCAAACACCAUGAAAAUCACAAAAGGAUACUUGCUGCUCAAGCAAUCCCUUUGUUGGUUAACAUCUUGAAAGCAUCUCAAAAAGAACACCUUGUCACAGACACACUAGCAAUUCUAGCAACACUUGCAGAGAAAAGUGACGGAACAUCGGAAAUCCUACGUUUCGGAGCUUUGCAUGUAGCAGUUGAAGUUAUGAGUUCUUCUUCCACAACUUCAAGAUUAGGGAAAGAGCAUUGUGUGUCAUUGUUGCUUUCUCUAUCAAUAAAUGGAGGAGAAAAUGUGGUUGCUCAUUUAGUGAAGAGUUCUUCACUUAUGGAAUCAUUAUAUUCACAACUGAGUGAAGGAACUUGUAGAGCAAGCAAGAAAGCAAGUUCUCUCAUAAGGGUCCUCCAUGAUUUUUAUGAAAGGAGUUCCUCUAACUACAAAGCAUCAGUUAUUCCACGAGAACAGUUUAUUCAUGUAUGGUAAAUUUAUUAAACCCCCAGCAUUUUUUUUCAACCUGGGUGGGUAUUCUUUGAUUAGUUUUAGUGUUACUGUGAAUUGUAGAUGUAUAGUAUAUUGUAUAAAUGUGUUUGAUCUUUUGAUAUUUGUACUUGAUAUUAGCUCAUGUUUUAAAGAGCUAAUAUUAUUAUUAUCAGCUUCUGGUUUUAAUUAUGAAGCUUGUACAAAUUAUUGUAAUUCAAUUUUAAUUUGUAUUAAUCAAAUAAGAUUGUAUGGUCACUAUUGAGUUGAAUAUAAAUCAAAGGUUGAUAUUCUUAUUCUUGUUCUCUUCUUUUCUCGUAUACAUGGCAUGGCAAAAGCUUUGAAUACAAAGAUAUUAUAUAAAUCUUUUUUAAUAUUCUUUCUCCUCCCAAAACCGAAGUAGGAAACAAAAAAUGACCAGAUAUGUGCACUCUACCAGAUAACAACCAAUCAUGCAUAGCACUUC